AUUUUUGCCCCUUACACGAACGGACUAGAAUUGCUCAGCUCACGUGGCUCCUAGCCCCUACUUUGAUUCGCCUUGCCCUUAUUAACUAGAAGAAAAAAAAGGAUCGCCCUAACAAAUAUUCUUUCAGGUCCCCCCUCUUAGACGGAGCGAUCAAGUUCAGCUCUGGUUACGUGCGCCGGGACAGAGAGGAGGAGGUGGAGGGGGGUGGAGAGAGAGAGCGCGAGAGACUGCAAUAUCAUUUGUGAAUCGCUCAGAGUGCUGCAGAUACAGAUUGCUAACACAUGCAGUGCAAAUGCAGGUGAAGAACAGACGCGCACACUGAGAAUAUGCAGGACUUGGGGAAAAGGCUCCAUACUCGGGAUCCGAACUACACGGCUUGUCGGAAUUACAGUUGUCACUCAUUGAGCCCGGCAGCAACACUGUCCAGCAGCUGAUGGCAAUUUAUUUUUUUGGUUCUGUUUUUUGAAAGGCUGUUUUAUUCUUAAGUUACUGAAGGAACAUGCAUCUUGCCCUCUUGGAUGUUGUGUAGAUAGGCGACGGGACGAGCACACUUUGCUCUCGUUAUCACUGCUACUGUGAGGUAAGAAGGCGCACUGUUUAAUAAAGUAGCAGUACUUUGGAUAUAAUGUCAUUUUUCAUUUCAUUUCUGUCUUGAUCGGACGGCGGAUCUGAACGUUUAACCUAUUGCUUGGCAUGCGAGACUGGAAUAUAACUGAAGGGGGAUCAUUUUUGGAGCUGGUUAGUUGAAAUACUUUAUACACACACAUAUCCGUAGAAACUGAGCGCUGCAAAGCCCUGGACUUGGGAUAAAGUGAAUGUUUUUGGAGUGGAUGAACACAGCGGGCUAUGCAUACGAAUACGGUGUGUAGAAGCAGAGAAACCAGAGCACAAAUCUCAGCCGCUGCAACAAGAAGAUCCCCCAAUCUCUCAAGAUAAUGUGUACAUUUCUUUCAGUAUAUAUGCAAGAUCAGCGUAAUAGGUUUACAAGAGAUUUCUUUUUCCCACGUUAACAAAAACGACAAGGAUUAUUUGGAUACAAGAUUUUUUUUUCUUUUUUUUCAAAGGAUGAAAGUCUGCAGCAUCUGAAAACCUAGACGCAAGGCUUUUAAAGUCACUGUUUUUUUUAAUUAACUGUCUAGUGAACGCGAAAAAAAAUUAAGAAAAACGAGUGAACUGUAUAUCUUGUCACUGGUACUGAGAAUAUUAGAGACCCAAAAAGCAAAAGAAAGCAACAAUCCACAAAAAAGAGAGUACAAUAGCAGUUGCUGCGAGCCAUGAGGACUAUUGGUGCAAUGGACUGCCUGCGCUCGUGGGUGCUAGUGCUGCAGCUCGUGCUGACUCAGGCGGCUGCGAAGCAAGUGCUUCGAUACCGUCUGGCGGAGGAGGGACCUGCCGAUGUCCGGAUAGGGAAUGUCGCCUCCGACCUGGGCAUCGUCGCCGGAUCCGGCGAGGUCACUUUCACACUCGAGUCAGGAUCUGAAUAUUUUAAAAUUGACAACAUCACCGGAGAGCUGAGCACCAACGAGCGGCGCAUCGACAGGGAAAAGCUGCCUCAGUGCCAGAUGAUUUUUGAUGAGAACGAGUGCUUCAUCGACUUCGAGGUGUCCGUCAUCGGGCCGUCCCAAAGCUGGGUGGACCUCUUCGAGGGCAAGGUUAUUAUUUUAGACAUCAAUGACAACACGCCCACUUUUCCCUCCCCGGUGCUCACUUUGUCCGUAGAGGAGAACCGGCCGAUUGGUACACUUUACCUUUUGCCCACCGCCACUGACAGAGACUUUGGCAGGAAUGGCAUUGAGAGGUACGAGCUCCUGCAGGACAGCGGGGAGAGCUCUUUGAGCCCAAGCAGGAGAGGGGGAGGAGGAAGCUCCAUCUCAGGUGGGGACAGUUUUCCUGCCAAAAGGAGAUUUGAACCUGAAGGAGCCAGCAGAAGUAGUGUCUUUGAACUUCAGGUUGCUGACACCACAGAUGGAGAAAAGCAGCCCCAGCUCAUUGUCAAAGGGGCUUUGGACAGAGAGCAGAGGGACUCUUAUGAGCUGACACUUCGAGUUAGAGAUGGAGGGGAUCCUGCCAGGUCUUCACAAGCCAUCCUCCGAGUUCUGAUCACUGAUGUUAAUGACAACAGUCCUCGUUUUGAGAAAAGCGUGUAUGAAGCUGAUCUGCCUGAGAACAGCUCUCCUGGGACGCCUAUACUACAGAUAAAGGCCACUGAUGCUGACGUUGGUGUGAAUGGACAAAUUGAAUAUGUAUUCGGGGCUGCCACUGAAUCAGUCCGCAGGUUGCUGAGACUGGAUGAGAAUUCAGGCUGGCUAAGUGUUUUGCAUCGCAUUGACCGGGAAGAAGUCAGCCAGCUCCGGUUUUCUGUCACGGCACGAGACCGUGGUCAGCCCCCCAAAACAGAUAAAGCCACUGUUGUCUUGAACAUCAGGGAUGAAAAUGACAAUGUUCCCAUCAUUGAUAUCAGGAAGAUAGGCAGGAUUCCACUGAAAGAUGGCAUCGCCAACGUGGCAGAAGAUGUAGUGGUGGACACCCCUAUUGCAUUAGUGCAGGUGUCUGACAGAGACCAAGGGGAGAAUGGGGUGGUCACCUGUACGGUUGUCGGGGACGUGCCAUUUCAGCUCAAGCCCGCUAGUGAAACAGAGGGUGAACAGAAUAAAAAGAAAUACUUUUUGCACACUUCAGCCCCACUGGACUAUGAAGCCACACAGGAGUACAACGUUGUCAUUGUAGCAGUGGACUCUGGAAGUCCAAGUUUAUCCAGCAAUAACUCACUGAUUGUAAAGGUUGGGGAUACCAAUGAUAAUCCCCCUGUCUUCAGUCAAAAUGUGGUGGAGGUGUCCUUUGCUGAAAACAAUGCCCCAGGUGAACGUGUUGCUACUGUGGUUGCAAUUGAUGCUGACAGUGGCAAAAAUGCAGAGAUUAUGUAUUCCCUAGACCCUUCCGUAUCUGGGAUAUUUUCCAUUGACCCAGAUUCUGGUGACAUCAUAGUCAAUACGGUUUUGGAUCGGGAACAGACUGAGAGAUACGAAUUUAAAGUGAUUGCCAAAGACAAAGGAACACCUAUCCUUCAGGGAUCUGCUACGGUUGUGGUGCUGGUUGCAGACAAAAAUGACAAUGAGCCCAAGUUCAUGCAGGACAUAUUUACCUUUUAUGUCAAGGAGAAUCUGCAGCCAAACAGUCCAGUUGGAAUGGUUACAGUAAUGGAUGCUGACAAGGGCCACAAUGCUGAAAUGAGUCUCUUCAUUGAGGAAGAGGAUGAUAUUUUUUCUAUUGAAAAUGACACUGGAACAAUUUACUCCACCAUGUCCUUUGAUCAGGAGCAAAAAUCUACCUACAUGUUUCGAGUGAAGGCAGUCGAUGGUGGGCUUCCCUCCCGGUCAGCUACAGCCACAGUGUCUUUGUUUGUAAUGGAUGAAAAUGACAAUCCUCCUACUGUUACCUUCCCAAGUAACAAUUCAUACACCCUGUUAUCCCCAUCAAGCAAUGUCAGGACAGUUGUGGCUACCGUAUUAGCAACUGAUAGUGACACCGGCAUCAAUGCUGUUUUGAACUACAGCAUAGUUGGUGGGAACCCCUUCAAACUGUUUGAGAUAGACGCAGCCAGUGGGGUCAUUUCUUUGGUGGGGAAGCUGGCUCAAAAGCACUAUGGGCUACAUCGACUUGUUGUACAAGUGAAUGAUAGUGGCCAGCCAUCACAGUCAACUACUUCUCUAGUCCAUGUCUAUGUCAAUGAGAGCAUCUCCAAUUCGUCAAUUGUGGAGGCUCAGAUCUCAAGGAGUCUGCACACACCUCUUGCACAAGACAUAGCAGGCGAUCCAAAUUACGAUUUUGGGAAACAACGACUCAGUAUUGUUAUUGGGGUGGUGGCGGGCAUUAUGACUGUCAUCCUGAUUAUUCUGAUUGUGGUAAUGGCCCGCUAUUGUAGACCAAAGAACAAAAAUGGAUAUGAAGCUGGCAAGAAGGAUCACGAGGACUUCUUCACACCACAGCAGCAUGAUAAAAGCAAAAAGCCUAAGAAGGACAAAAAAAAUAAAAAAUCAAAGCAACCGUUAUACAGCAGCAUUGUCACGGUUGAAGCAUCAAAGCCAAACGGGCAGCGCUAUGAUAGUGUCAAUGAAAAGUUAUCUGACAGCCCUGGUAUGGGCCGAUAUCGGUCAGUAAAUGGAGGACCAGGAAGCCCAGACCUGGCGAGACAUUACAAAUCAAGUUCACCACUGCCCACUGUUCAGCUUCACCCACAGUCACCAACUGCUGGGAAAAAGCACCAGGCUGUACAGGAGCUUCCUCCUGCCAACACUUUUGUUGGGACAGGAGAUAACAUUUCCAUCGGAUCUGACCACUGUUCCGAGUACAGCUGUCAAACCAACAACAAGUACAACAAACAGCCAUUUCGCAGAGUGACGUUUUCUGUGGUGAGCCAGCCUCAGGACCCCCAUCAGGGAUCAUUGCAGAGUUGCUAUGAUAGUGGAUUGGAAGAAUCAGAGACGCCCAGCAGUAAGAGCUCAUCAGGUCCCAGAUUGGGUGCCCUUCCACUCCCAGAGGACAACUAUGAGAGGACUACGCCGGAUGGCAGUGUUGGUGAGGCAGAGCAUAUGGAAAAUGAUUCAAGGCCACUGCCAGACGUCGCCAUGACAGGAAAAUGUACGAGGGAAUGUGAUGAGUACGGUCACUCUGACUCCUGCUGGAUGCCUGUGCGAACAUCCCCUGAAAGGCGACAGAAGAAUCCGCCAAAGCUCUCCACUUUUAUGCCUACAACUGAACAAGGCAGCCAGGAAAAACUUGCCAAUGGAGACCCUCCUCUGAUGGGCGAUCGCAACAGAAACCUCCUAAAUAAAAAGAUGGCGUCAUCUUAUGAGACCUUCAGUGCAGCUAGCUUUGGCAAAAAUGAGGAUUCAAACCCUGAAGACAUCCCCCUUACACAAACGGGAGACUACAAACCAUCCCCUGUCAGCACUCUAACCAGAAGAGAAGUUUAUCUGUAAGAUGCAAAAUAUGUCAUAAUGCUGAAAUUUUAGAAAUGGAUAAACAUGACUAACCAUGUAGAAUAAGUUCAAACAUUAGCAGAGAGAGGGAGCUACUGAUGAGACAAGGCUCAAAAUUUGGAAUUUUCUGCUGAAAAGCCAGGCUUUCAAAUAUGUACCGCCUGAUUAUUUUGUACAAAGUAGAAUUCAUUUCAUGACUUGCAUGCCUAAUGUCCAUGACAGAGCUUAUUGUAAACUAAAGACUGACUAUCAGUCUGUCGAAAUGAUCGAUUAAUACAGAGUACAGAUUUUACAAAAGUGUGAGCCAACAAGGUUUUUUUUUUUUUUUCUUUCUUUUCCCCCCCAAUGUUAGCUAGUUGGAUGUCAGUGGCAGGACCAUAACCCCUAUUGAUGAGAAUCAAAAGUAAAGGAGAAUGAUUGGCAAAGAAGAAAAAAUGCAUACAUACCAACAUAUUCAUUAAUACAGUUUUACAUUUUAUAAGACAUCUACAAAAAACACAGCUUUAAUGUAACUGCCGAAAGCAUAAUAUUUGAAAACAAAUUACCCCUUGAUAAUUUUGUCAUUUGUAACGAGACCAUGGCACUGGUCUUUCUUAUGAAGCCUUUAAACUGCAGGACAUUAAAGAAGUAUUGCAUUCAACACUGUCUCUACACACACAAACCCGUGUAUUUAUACAUAUGAACUUUGGAAGGGAACUGGAUCAUAUGCAAAAAAAAAAAAAAUUGCAAGAUUAUGAGCCAAUUCCAAUCAAUAUUUGCCAGUUCUCGCUAAUUAAAAAAAUGAAAUCAUGUACAUAUCAGUUGACUCUUCAGGCAUAAACGGCUGACAUGAUUCUAAUUGGACUCCCUAUGGGAACUUUUUUUUUUUAACAUUUAUGACAUAAAUAAAAAAAUGCCUCAUCAGUCUCAUCAAGGUAAGAUGAUAAAGAAUAUACUGUUUUUUAAUAGCUGCAUGAAGAUUAAUCUAGAAGAUGGAUGAACACAACUGUAAUGUGAACACUCUUUGUGAGCACAUUCACAAGAUUCACAGAGGAAAUCCAUUGUACUUUCAAAUGUUUUGUUCAUAUAUACUGUAUGAGCUGGGAUGAAGUUUACAGACUUGGAAUUUUCAUCCUAUAAGCAUGUAGAAGUGCAUAUGUGCUGGGAAUACACAAACAGAAUGGCUGGCUUAAGCCCUGCAUUACCAUUUUAUCUAGGCAACAGUGAAAAAAGCAAAAAAAAAAAAAACUAAGGAAAAAAGAAAAAUAAAAACAGUAGAAUAACAUCAGAGCUCUGGGCUACUCCACUACAAAAGGAAUGUAAUACUGUACAUUUUGUCGAAAGGGGAUGAUCAAAAUCCUCCUAUUGUGUUGCAGCAAAAGAGAAAGGGACAGGGAACAUAAUGCUUUAUAUACAUAAUUUCAAACCUAGUAAAGGAAACACCAUAAAAAAAAAAAACCAAAGUUAUGGAAAUAAACUGGCAUGAAGGUAUAACUUAAUGUUUCUCCGUUAACAUUUAGAGGAAAAAAAUAGCUUUUUUGGUAGUUUAUUGCUUUAAAUACAUGCAAACAUGUAAGUAUACAGUAAUGCAUUAAGUACAGUUUUCUUGAUCAGUAAAAUCCAGACUUCUUGCAUUUUUAUUUCAGUUUUUAAUGCCAACAUGUUGUGCCCCUUGCUCUGUUCCAGUCCAUUAAACUCUGUUACAUUAGUACCUACUGUCUUUUCAGUUUGAAAUUGAUAUUGUAAAUGGGCACAAGCUCCUCUAGCGAGUUAAAAAAAAAAUGUCUCAGAAUAAAUAAGAACUCAAUAUUUUAUGUGACUCUACUGUACAUCAAAAUAUGGACAGAAUACAAAAAAAAAAUCCCACCUCUAAAUAAUCCUGUGUUCCAAAGCUGUUUACAGCAGAACAGCAUUCUGUUAUCUGUAAGUACUUGUUGUUAAGAAAAGUGCUUCUAAUUGCUUACGAACUGUAUACAUAGAUAUGUAUUUUUAUUGCACGUUUAAAGGGAAUUUACUUCACUUACUGCAAAAGAAAACAUUUCUAAGAAAAGGAUCAAGAUAUUUUUCUUUAUGUGAAAACAUGAUGUCCAUCCUGUUGCUUGCUUUUAUUUGUUAUAUUUUUCAACGAACAUUUGUCAGAUAGUCUGUUAUAGGGUACCAGUUUAAAAAGAGGAUGAAUAUUUCCUUAUCUCUAUUGCCAUCAAAGCAAGUGAACAUGUUUUAGGAAAUCCAGAACUGUUUAAAUGUGACACCGUUCCUCUAAUCUGAAGUGAUCAUUAAUGAUAACUUUGUCACGAAAAGAUGUUGACUGUCUGGCUUUCUCGGUACAUUACAAUUAAGUUGCAAUUUUGAACUGGCAUGGCAUAACCUUCUUUUGUUGUCUGUUUUUUUAUUUUUUUUUUUAUUUUUUAAUUUACUUGUAUGCUUAUUCUGGUGCCACUUUGUAUAUUUAGAGUGCUUAUGUAAAAUAGAGUGAAUGCAAAAUAUGCAAUUGUGCCUUUUUAUACCUAUUGGUAUGAUUUAAUGUUGGUUGGGAACUGGACAACUUAGGGGUAAUUUUUCAUAUUUUGUUUGGGUCUGUAUUUAACUACAUUACACUAAUACUAAGUCAUUUAGGGAAAGAGGUUUGUCAUAAACUGGUGUUUAGUCACUCAGAAAAAAGAUCAGUCAAACUUCUUUUCCAUUACAGAAACACUGAGGGAUAUGCUGCAAAUUAGGCUAAACCAGGAAUUUUUCAAAUCUGAAUGGACUUUUUAUUAAUUAUUUAUAAAACUUAUGCAAUUAAUUUCAUCUUUUAAAUAAAUGUUCAUUUUCGGUUAUUAUUAGGUAUUAUUCACAACAAUCGUCGGUUUCCAAAAAAGUGUUUGGAUUUGAUUGAAAUUACGAUGUAACAGUCCAACACGGAUCAUAUUAUGGAGACAAUGCAUACAUGUGCAAAAAGACUUUUGACUGGUCAGAUAUGUGAUUUUCUUCAAUUAUUUAUCAUAGCUUAGAAAAGUGGGAUGGGAGCUAAUAAACGGUUCUAAAGGAAUGCUGGCUGAAGGAUUACCUCAGGAAUUUUAAACACCAUGAUCCAUUUUCAUGUGGCUUCUGUUAUUAACGGGAAAGUUAGGACAUGCUGUCUUAGGCAGUGUGGGGUUUUUAGGGAUGGUGGGGUGGGGCUAAUAAUCCAAAUGCUAUUUUUUUGCCUCUGGUAGAAUACAACACAAUGGAGCUUCAGUUAAAUGGGUUUACAGAUUCAUGACACACUUUGCUUUAGUAUAACAGACACACUCCUCCUUUUGCAUGCACCAGCAGAGGAAGCCAUUGAACUAAUAUAUAUAUACCAUCUUCAAACAUGAUUUGCUUCAGUUCUCUAGGAAGCCAUUUUAUCAAGGAUUGGCAACUCUUUUACAUUAGCACUAAUUGCAGUCAGACCGGAACUGGAAAUGGUUUAUAAUGAAAGGCAUUUACAGAACACAAUUUGAAAUCCUGUAAGGUGGUAAUUAUAAUUGUGAGUAAUAAAACACUUUCUGAGAAAAAUGGGUUAUGUGCAAGAGAAUAUAUAAAAUUUGUAUUUUUUUUUACAUAAAUGUUUUCAAUUAUAUAUAAAAAUUCUUAUAUGAUAAAAGAAAGGGGUCAUCAAAGAGUACAUUUGCAAUGCCUUAAAAUAAACCAUUGCUCUUUAAAAGUUUAAUUUAAAAGCAGAGGCAUACUUAAAAUAAUCAGAAUAAUUGAAAGGAAAGUAACAAGUGGAAGUUAUGACAGCUAAUUUGAUUAAUUUACUUUGAAAGAUUACUUUGUAUACUUCAAGAUGUGGAAAAUGUGAAGCUUUAAAGGUCUCAUAAUUGCAUUCAAAAGUGGUACCUGCCUAGAAACAGAUCAAUAUGAAAGUCUUCAGAAAAUUGGUGGAUAUGUGUAUUUAAAACAAGAACAAGAGAUUUAUCACGCCCCCAUUCCACUCCAGCAUAAGGCCGUCUGUGAAGAAUGUGGAGUGUAAAGUGUAAAAAUCAGCUCUGAUGUACUUAUUCUGAAAUGUUCCUCUGAUUGUAUUUUCUUUUAGUUAUGGGCUGUACAUUAAUUGUCUGAUCAUCUGCAGACAGAUUAAGACAGUAAAUAUAAUUAACAAAAUUGCACAGAGUACCUGAGUGCAAUCAUUUUAUUUGCGCUUUCUGGGAAAGCUAGGAGUAAAAUAUGAGACGUAUGAACAGUGAGCUUGCAGUUUCCUGUCCAGCCUAAAAUGAUGAUUAAAGACGAGUCUACAGAAUGCAGUUUUUACUUUGCUACAGACAGUGUUGCUGCACAUGUCAGACCUUAAACAGAAUUUGGAAGAAUGGACAAAACUGUACCAUCCGUCUUCAAUAAAUUUAGAUGUCUUAUUAUUAAGGGGGGCAUGUUUUGUAUCAUAUUGUUGGUACACUAAAUUAAACCAAUUGUGAAGAAAUGGCAGAAAAUUAAUCUGCUAGCAAGAAUACAGCAUACAUGUAAGUAGGGCAUCCAUAAGAUUAUAAGAAAAAGGUGUUAAACACAGAAGUAACUCAUCCUGUUGGAAUAUUCAUUUCUUUCUGGGAAAAGUUUUACAUGGGAGAGAAAUGAGGGGAAAAAAGCUUUCAUUUGAUUGUUUUUUUAUAUGCUGUAAAAACUGGGUGUAUGCUGUCAAGAAAUAUCAGGAUGAGACAUUUAAUAAAAAAAAAAAGUAAAACAAAUGUAGAAAUAUCACACGGCAGAGCUCAAUAUAAAACAAAAUUUCUGUCAGCAUUGGGGUCUCUUGGGGGAAGAAAAUGAUAAUUAGAGGCCUUUUUAAAAAUUUACCUUUAAAAAAUUCUUGCUGAGUUCAAAGAUUAAUUCUUCCACUUUGGUGCUUGACAAUGAGUUUCUCAAAUGAUGCUGUUCUUUCGUUCUGUCUGGGGUACAUUUUCAGCCGGCUUUUCCUGAAUUUAAGCACUCACAAUCAGUAUGAUGAGAUCUGUUUGUAAUAUUAAUCAUAAACUAUUGUUCUGCGACUUGGAUGUUGAUAUUGAAGCAAGGAACAAUUUAUCAUCGUUUAUUAUGAGUCACUAUGCACGCAGCUAUGCUGAACAUUGCAAAAUGUAUUGAACGCAAGUCCACUUCUAUUUAUGAAAUAUUUACAUAAUUUAAUUUGCUUUUGUAUAGUUUUCUGUAAAUAAAUUGCUUGUCAUUUUUGUCUCUGCAAAUUAAAAUAUAACAUGUAAAAACAAG